GAACUGAUGUAUGAUGUCUGAUGUUUUGCACUCUGAACUGAAGUACCUGUUAAACAGAAGUUUUGUUAGAAGCCCAUCAGAGAGCCAGGCUGCCACUGCGGUGCAUGCUGGGUGAUAUUGAGGCAGCCUAGCAGCAGCAGCAGCAGCCGGCUGACUCAACUCAACCUUCACUCUCUGCUUCACUUUCAGCCUCCUGAACUCCUAAACUCUUCAGCUGCUCUCCGUCUAACUAACAUUAUGGAGGACUCUGUCUUUACCUGAGUCAUGGACAUCAGCGGACAACAUCUCACGGUUAGAUCACCUGCUUUAUUCUGGUGUAGUCAGGAGGAUUCGUUGAUUGCCAGAGAAUCAUGGAGCCAGAUGUGAUCCGUAUGUACUCCUCCUCUCCGCCCCCGAUGGAGGACGCUGCCGAGGACGAGGAUAACGAGUUUGGAGACUUCGACACAUUCUCUGGCGUCCCAAGCAGCAUCAGCUUCACAGAGUUCGACACCCCGACCACUUUCAACCAGUCCCAAGCUUUGACCGCCACCUCCCCGCCCGAGCUCCUCGCCAACAGAGGGGUGGUGGGAUUCAGCCACGGCUCCUCUAACGGCACCCACGGCCCGAACACUGAGCUGUCCAAGGCUAAUGGCGUUGUGCCAGCGAGCCACCUGGGCAGCGGUCCCUUAGAAAGAACUGAGAUGAAAAAGGUCCUCUCCAGCUCUCUGGAUUUCUCUGUGAGCGACACAGCUGGCAGCGAGCCGGCUGAUUGCAACGGCGGAGGCACAGAGGUGCUAACAAACGGGUUUGCAACCUUCGAAGUUCAGGGAAGCCCUUCCUCGCAGAAUUCUGUCCACUGUCAUAUAAAAGGAACGUCCACUGAGGACACGGGCAGCGUCCCCGCCGGCAGCCCCGAGGACGAUUUUGCAGACUUUGCUGCUUUUUCCAAUGCUGAAGGACACCUCAGCCAGACGGCAAACGAGGACUCGGACAAUCCAACAGGGGGUAGCUGCCACGACGAGCACUGUAAUAUAGAGCAGGGAACGACUUCAGAGGACAAUGUCAGGGACACAAACAGAACUGGACCCAUACCUGUUCCUGCUGAGGCCCCGGAUGGCUCGUGCAACACGGACCGGGGUCCUCACACGGACGCUGACUCUCAACAAAGGGACGUAGCCUUUGCACAGGAGCACUUGGCCUCAGAGGCAGUUUGCACUAACAGACCCGUCACGUUGAACGGGGUGGAUGUAGCCGACAGGGACGAUUCCAAAGACGCCACGGGCUGCAGUGAAAGCGACCUGUCACCUGACACGGCUGCGGACGGUGAGGCGGGACAGUCGGACGGGAAGGGCUCCGGUAACGAGACCGAGACCGAGACGGAGACCGAGACGUCGUUGGGCCGGCCGCUGUCGACAGACGCUCUAGAGGAGUUCGGUGACAUGAGCACCACAGGCUCGGUGCCCUCGCCGCCCCUCCAAGGGGAGACCGCCACGCCCGCCGACCACAGCCAGCUGGGAGAGGACGAGGAGGAUGAGGACUUUGGGGACUUUGGAGACGCCGGCUCAUUCAGCGGUCAGGGCUUCACUGACUUUGACCAGCUGGACGUCCAGCAGGAGCAGAGCAGGUCGGACAGCCCUGCUCCUACACAGGAAGCUACAGACGCGAAGGAGGAAGACGACUUUGGCGACUUCAACUCCCCCAAAUUUCACGACAGUGGAAACGAGGGGGAGGAUGGAGGCAAGUUUGCAGAUUUCCCCGUCAGCGACAGUUUUGGGAAUUUCAGCUCGGCAGGUGCAGACGGUGCAGACGGUGCAGACGGUGCAGACGGUGCAGACGGUGCAGACGGUGCAGACGGUGCAGACGGCGAGGCGGAUGCAGGGUGGAGCGCCUUCGGGGAGCUGGAGCAGCAGCAGCAGGUGGAGGAGGGGGAGUCCUGGGCGGCGUUCAGCACGGAGCAGAGCGUCGCUCCUCCUGCAGAGAGCAGAGAGGAGGAGGAAGAGGUGGUGGUGGAGGAGGAGGAGGAGGAGUGGCAUGAAAGUGAACUUACUGCAGUCAGCGAGGAAACCAGCAGGACAGACAGACAGUCGGCGUCGCUGUCAUGCCGUCUGGAGAAGCUGUUUCAGGGCAGCUUCCCUCAGACCGCCGCCCCCUCGGUGGAGGACGAGGUGGCGUCCCUGAGGAUCCUGCUGGGACCGCCAGAGGACAAACCAGGAGUCGAGGAGGAGAAGACGUCGCCGUGCAACAGGUCUGCGCGUGGCAACGUGUGGAUACAGCUUCGGGACAUCCACGAGGCGUUGGGUCUCAGAUACCAGUGGGGGGGCUCCUACUGCAACAAAGCACUACUCUGCUGCCUCGGCAUCGACACCCGGAACAUUCUGUUCACGGGACAGAAGAAGCAGCCGGUCAUCGUGCCCAUGUACGCCGCCAGCCUGGGGAUGCUGGAACCAACCAAAGAGCCUGUGAAGCCCGUCUCUGCAGCAGAGAUGAUUGCCUCUAUAGCCCAGCAGGCGCCUCCAGUGGCUCCAGUGAAAAGCUCCUGUCCCUCAGAUACAGUCCAGCAGGAGUCGCUCCCACCCGUCCAGUUCGACUGGAGCAGCAGUGGCCUUACCAACCCUCUGGACGCGAGCGGAGGCUCGUCUCUCUUAAACCUGGAUUUCUUUGGUCCUGUGGAGGAUUCAGGCUCCACCAGCUCACCCUCCAUCCCAGGAGUCGACCCGGAGCUGUACGAGCUAACGACGGCCAAGCUGGACCCCGGCAGCUCCGGCAGUCGGGUGGCAGAUGCCUUCGCCCGCCUGAUGUCCACCAUGGAGAAGACCAGCACCUCCACCAGGAAGCCGAGGAAAGAGGAGAAUCUGAGCGACGAGGCUGCCAAAGUGAUCGCUGGUCUGCCCGAUCUCUCCUUCAUGCAGGCCAAAGUGCUGAUGUUUCCCGCCACGCUGACGCCGCUCGGCUGCCAGGCCACACCGGACUGAAUCCUCGGCCUGUCCUCUGACAUCAUCACCUGACCCCGCCCACUCUGCCCACUGGCCCCGCCCACUGACUCGGCACAUUUUAACAAGUUGUCGUCUUCUUUUUCUUUUUUUCUCUUGCUGCAACUUAGUUCCUCCCUUUCAUACUUUUUUUUUUUUUUUAAAUUUGCGCUUUUCAGCUUAUAAUUUUUAAAAAUAAAACGAAGCAUUUAUGAUCACAGGAAAACAGCUCGGAUGUGGAGGAGCGCUCAGCCGACGACCUGCACAUUUAACGGAAUACGAGAUUAAUUAAUUUAUAGUUUAUAAUUUAUAGAGUCGAUAAUUUAUAGAGGAAGGUGUAAUCGUGUGUGCUGUUCAUAUCUAGAAGAAUCAUCGUGUAUAUAAUCAGGGAUUAAAUGUUUAUUUUCCUUUUUUUUUGUUUUUAAUUCUGAAUGAUUUUUGGAUGAUUUUACGUCUCUGUGGUGGGAGUGUGUUCGUGUCUGUCUGUGAAGGAAACACUGGCUGAAGCUCUUUGAAUCAAAAUGAAGUGGAAUAUAUAAGUUUAAAUUAAUACAUUUAUAUACAUAUAUAAAAUCUAUAAAUAUAUAUAUUUAUCGACUUGAAACCACACUGCCUGCAAAAUCCAGCUGAAUGUUUUGUCCCCUCGUUGUGUUUAAAGGCCUUAGUUUUUACCUGCAGUCAGUGUAGAUUUUAAACUUUCUUUAACCCGCAUUGUCCACUCUGUCUUUUUCUUUUUCUAAUUUAAUGCAUCUUUUUAACAUAAAUUAUGUCCCACCCCUCUCACCGUUGCUGCAGUCCAUCUACCGUCUCUAGAACGCAGGAGGACUGUUGUUAUUAUUUUAUUCUUUAGUUUGCGAAACGUCCACCGACCAAACGCUGGUGUAUCUGGUGAGUUCAUGUGUCCUCAGUUGUCAUUUGAAGGUUUUAUUUCUAUUCCAUGUUGAUUUAUUUUUACAUAUAUUCCAGCUGUUGUGGCCGGUGGAUGAAAAGAAGUUUCCUUCCUUGUUCGUGUCAGCUCUUGCUGUUCAUUUUUGUUGUUUUCGGGGGUGAAAACGGGACUUCUUUUUGGUUAAAACCACUGAAACUUUCUCGGCAGUGAAGGUCGACUCACAUCAGAAGGGAAUUAAGGGACCAAUUUCUGCUUCCAUGUGUCGGGUUAUGUACACUGUUCCUAAUAUGAAGUGCUUUUUUGUUGUUGCGGCUCUUAUUCGCUCAUGUUUUGCGAUAUUCUUGUUUGUUUUUUGCUCAUACUACUGUCAGCCCCGUCUCCCAGGAGGAUUUUGCACAUUGUAAAGAUGAAAUGGAUGUAAUCAUAGUUCACUGUGGCUUUAGACUGUGUACAGUUAAACUAUGGACUGUAAAAUGUACGGGAAAAUUCCUAUGGAAAAAAACUGAAUCACUUGAAGAGCCUGUCAAAAGGUUAUUGUGCAUGCCCAGGUUCUUUUGAGACUAUAAGUGUGUAAAUUUUACUUUUAGUGUACACAAGAAAUUAAAAUAGUUAUCUUCUCUG